AUGACGUCAACAUUGGACCCCGAUGCGCCUUCGGUGCUCACCAGCGACGUCUACAACAAUGCCGAAGUCUCUUUUGCGAUGCUGCAGAACAAAGAGAAGCUGAUUUCCUUCCUGGACUGCACCACGCUUCUGCGUAGCAUGGGAAUGAAUCCGACCCAAGACGACAUGGACAAACUCAAAAAGCUCAUGGCCGAGCCGAUUGUACGGCUGGAGCAGUGGCGUCGCGAGGACGAGCUCCGGCGAGACAAGGAGCGGCGAAAGGAAGAGGCACGUGAGCGCAAAGGCAAAGGCCGCAUGAGCGUCGCAGCAGCCAAAAAGUCGAUUGCGGAAAAAGUUGGGGAAGGCGGCGUUAACGAAGCCGUGCCGCCCCUUCCUACACCCGCGGAAGAGAUAAAAAACAUCGAUUGGAACAUCUUUAUCCACUGCGCGGAGAUGGUCUUCCGCGAUCGCAUGCGCGAGGAGAGCGCCGUGGUCGAGGCACUGAAGGUGUUCGUUGGCAGCUCCGCUGCCGUCAUGACGCGUGACCGGCUGAUAGAAAUUGUAACGACGCAGGGCGACAACGUCCUCACGCCGGCGGAGGUGAAAGUGCUUGUGACGGUAUUGCCGGAGAGCUGCCCGGCGAAGGAGCUGGCGGCGCGCAUUCAGGGCACCUACGUGGCUCCUACGCAGGAAGAAAUCAAUGCUGCUACCAUGCGCGAAAUUGAAGCGCGUCGCCAGCAGGAAGCAGCUGAGAAGGCCAAGGAAGACAACGAUCCCUUGAGCGGGUUGUGA